UUGGUUGAAGCGGAAAUGACCUGAAGCUAAGCAUUAGACAGCACCAAAAUAUUGAAAUCCUUUCGUUUUCAUAUCGUACAGUAACCGUGCAAUAUAAGAACACAUAUCAGAUAUUCAGUUACACAGAUUACCGAUUUCGUUAACGAUUGGGUACUUAAAUUGCGUCGAUCAAGAUGGAGCAGGACACCAGCCCAGAGUCUGUGACCUCACCUCCUCCAGGUGCUGCCGCUAAGUCAAAGUUGGACACGUUGUCCAAAGAUGACCUCAUCAAGUUUGCCAAGAAGCAGAUGGCUGCCAUACAGAAGAUGAAGUCCAAAUGUGCAGUUUUGGAAAAGGAGGUUGAUACUCUCAAGUCUCAGCCAAAAGGCAAUUCAGGUGACUCCAUCAUACAGGAACUGACUGAGAGGAUGAGUGCCUUGUUGCUGGAAAAGGCUGAGACCCAGCAGAGUGCGGUGUUGCUGCGGAAGGAGAAUGAGAAGGUCAAGCACCGGGAACAGGAUGCAGUAGGGAAACUGGCCACCCUGCUGGGAGAGUUGGACCAGGCCAAGGAAGACCACCAGAAGAAAAUUGCAGCCUUGGAGAAGAGCUUAGACUCAUCCCAAGCCAAACACAAAGAAGAAGUUGAAUUCUUCCAGAGGCUUCUGAGGAAGAAAGAAGAGAAUGAUAGAGAGAAAGAGAGUGAAAGAGAGAAAGAAAAACAGAGAGAAAGGGAACACACAAACCAGAGUGUAGAAGCCGUUAGCUGCAGCCUGGAGUCACAGAUCCUGAGUCUGCAGACAGAGCUAGCUGCAGCCUUGGAGCGAAGCGCCCAGGUGGCUUCAGCGCUGCAAGUAGACCACCAGAGGGCGCUGACAGAGGCCCAGCAGGAAGUAGAGAACCUGAGAGAGGAGUUGGCUCAGCAUAGUGUGCAACAUGAAGAGGAGCUGAGAGCUCUGGAAGAGGACUUUGAGAUGGAGAAAGAGAGACUGCUACUCCUCCAAGAGGAGCUCAGUGAGCAGCUGGCUCUCAAAGACAGCUUCCAGCAGGAUGUGCAGGAAGAUGAGGAGCCUAGCGGCCGCAGCUCAGGAAUAGCCAGGAUGUUGGAGCUGUCUGGUUCAAGUCUGAUUGAUGCCAGUGAUGGAGAGACAGAGAGCGGACAGCUACGAUCUGCCCUGGAGGACCAGCAAUCCCAGAAUACCAUGCUGCAAGACGAGCUGACCUUCCUGGGGAAUGUGAAGACUGAACUGGAGGCUGAGCUUGAGAGGGUGAGGGAGGAGUUUCAUACAGAGAAGGAGGAACUACAGUUUAAAAUCGAAGAGUUGCUGAUGACCCGGGAGGUUGCGACCCCUAACCGUGAUCUUCUGAGCCUGGAAACCCCUAACCGUGACCUUCAGGAGGCUCAAGCUUUCACUCAGCUCCAGCAGAGCGGCCCACAGAGAGAUUCAAUGGACGGCCUACCUGCCAGUCCUGCUAGCCCCUCCAGCCCCAGACAGAGCCUGUCCUGCCCUGUCCCUGGUGCAGCCCACCAGAGCCUGACCCUGCAAGAACAGCAGGGUCAGGCUCAGGAGCUGAGGUCCCAGUGUGAGUCCCUAGACAGGAGCCAGGCGGUGGCUGAGUACGAACACACCAGAGACAUCCUGAGAGGCCUGGAGACUGAGCUAGGUCAGAGGACCGGGGACGUCACCAGACAGUAUGAAGCUAUGAAGGAACAUGCGGCUUCUGCAGUCCAGGAGCUACAGGAGAGCGUCAGAAGGCUUACUGAGGAGCGAGAUGGUCUGGUGGAGAGGGUGAAAGGGUUAAAUGAAGACAGAGACAGCCUGUUGGAAAAGGUCCAGGGCCUGGAGAAGAGGCUGGAGAGCUUCCUAAAGCAGACACAGGCAGCCGAGGGGCUGAAGGAGCAGCUGCAGACGUCUAUGGAGGAGAAGACUGCGUUAGCCCUCAAGCUAAAGAACUCGGUAGAGGCGCAGACAGUGUUAGCCUCUGAGCUAAAGGCAUCUCUUGAGGUGCAGACAGUGUUAUCUGUAGAGCUAAGGGCUUCAGUGGAGGAUCUGAGCAAGCAGAACGGGGAGAUCCUCUCUCAGCUACAGAUGAAGGAGAGUGCUGUUCAGGAGUUAGAGGAAACAGUCAAUGUGGUGAGCACAGAGAGAGACAGAACACUGUCAGCACUGCAGGACAGAGAGAUGGAGGUGAUGAGGCUGUGGGAGGAAAGAGAGAGGGAGGUGGAGGAGAGUCAAGGCCAGAGAGAGGAGGUGGCUGAGCUACAGGCUCGUAUAGAGGAGCUGGAGAAGGAGAGGAGCCUGCUGAAGAGUAAUCUAGAGGUGGUGCAGAGGGAGAGUUCUAAGAAUGUGCAGGGGAGCCCAGGGGAGGAGGUGGAGGAGCUGCAGGCUCGUAUAGAGGAGCUGGAGAAGGAGAGGAGCCUGCUGAAGAGUAAUCUGGGGGAGGUGGUGGGAGAUACUGAAGCUCUACAGAAAGACCUAAGGGAAAUGAAACUGGCCAAUGAGAAGAUGAGAACAGAGAACCAAGAACUACUGACACAGGUCAGCCAGGCUACAGAGACACUGGCAGACAGAGAGAGGGAGGAAAAGGAGGGAAGAGAGGAGGAGGAAGAACAGGCGGAGAAGGAGAGGAGAGAGCUACAACAGCAGCUAACAGAGAAGGACACAGUGAUAUCUCAGCUGAGAAGUGAGAUGGCUGGCUUACUGUCUUCAGCCCCGUCUCCUGUCUCAGAGGAGAACACAGCCAAUGAGUUCACUGAGAAAAUCGCCCUGCUGGAGAAGGAAAGCAAAGAGAAGGAUGAGAGGAUGAAUAAGAUCAAGGCGGUGGCUGUGAAAGCCAGGAAGGAGCUGGACACCAGCAGGAAAGAGGCUGUGUUGCUGAAGGAGGAAGUGGAGGUGUUGAAGGCUGAGAGAGAGAGAGUGACCAGCUCAAUGAAAGACAUCAUCCAUGGAGCAGAGGGAUACAAGAACUUGCAGCUGGACUACGACAGGCAGACAGAGCAGCUGGAUAAGGAGAGAGAGACGGUGGAGGGAGCUGAGAAACAGAUCUCCGAGCUGACCAAACGACUAAACAACGCAGUACAACAGCAUGAACAGCUGUGGUCGGAGAGAGAGGACCUGAUGACCGAAUUGGAGACUCUGAGGAAUACGGUGAGACAGAUGGAAGGACAGACAGCAGAACUACACAGACAGACAGACACCCUGAACAGAGACCUGCAGGCUGAGCGUCUACUGAAGGAACAGAAGACAAAGGAGCUAUCGUCGUUGCAGAAGGAGGUGGAGGAGUUGACAGUUCAGCUCCGCAGACAGAAGCAGCAGUCUCAGCAGACAACACAGGAGCUGGAGCAGCUACGCAAGGAGGCCCAGCAGAGCUCGUUGUUGGACAUGGAGAUGGCAGACUAUGAACGCCUGGUCAAAGAACUCAACACCAAACUGUCAGAGAAGGACGUGUGUGUGGAGGAGCUGAAAACACAGAUACACACACACACACAGAAAGAAGACACACUCAACCAGGAGAUCGAGGUUCUGAAGUCCCAGCUGGACCAGGGGGAGGAUAAGAGCUCCAAGAUGAAACAGCUGCUGGUGAAAACCAAGAAAGACCUGGCUGAUGCCAAGAGACAGGAAGCCAUUCAGAUGAUGACGCUGGCCUCUCUGAAGGGAGAGCUGGAGGCACAUCAACAGCAACUAGAGAACAACAAGAUCCAGUGCUGUGACCUGACUGCGGAGCGCCACAGACUGCAGGAGCAGCUGAGGACUCUGACUGAACAACAGCAGAGAACAAGCAGCUCCCUACAACAGAGACUGACCACACUACAGCAGGAGGCUAACACUGCCAAGGCUGAGCUGUCAUCUGUCACUGCUGAGUUUGACAGCUAUAAGGUCAGAGUUCACAACGUCCUCAAACAACAGAAGAACAAAACCUCAGCACAGAGCGAUGGAGACGCCACUAAACAGGAGAGAGAGCAGAUGGAGUCCUUGGUGGACCAGUAUAAAGCCAAGCUGCAGGACAGUCAGCAGAGUCUGGCGGUGAGCACUGCAGAACUACAACAGCUCCAGAUGGAACAUGACACACUGCUGGAACGACACAACAAGAUACUGCAGGAGACUGUUGCUAAAGAGGCCGAGCUCAGAGAGAGAUUCAUGUCUCUCCAGGCUGAGAUUAUGUCACUGCGAACAGAGCAUGCUCAGACGGUGGGUCAGCUGACCUCGCAGGCCGUGGCCCAGCGCUCAGGGUUCAGGGAGCAGAUCCGCCACCUUCAGGAUGAACACAGAACUACAGUAGAGACCCUGCAGAACCAGAUGACCCGGCUGGAGAACCAACUGUUUACACUGCAGAAACAGACCAGUCCAGCUCCAGUCCAGACCAGUCGUAAGUCAGCGGUGGACCGCCGGCCCGUGGACCAGGGGGGAACGGGGGGGCUGGGCCUCGGUGAUCUCCAGUCCAUGGCUAGAGAGGAGGGGGAGGGCAUGGAGACCUCCGAGACAGAAUCCCUGUCAUCCACAUACCUACCCUCACUGGAGCAACUACUCACCUCCCCAGACCCCAAACAGGAGCCGUUUGUGUGGCAGGUGGAGCCGACUAAAGAGGAGUUGAAUCAGAAGUUGACCACAGCUACACGCAGUAUGGAACACAUGAACAGUCUACUGCAUGAGACCGAAGCUACUAACGCUGUUCUGAUGGAACAGGUCAAUCUGUUGAAGUCUGAAGUGCGUCGUCUGGAGCGUAACCAUGAGAGAGAGAAGAGUGUAGCCAAUCUGGAGUAUCUGAAGAAUGUCCUCCUGCAGUUCAUCUUCCUGCAGUCAGGCAGCGAGAGACAGGCUCUACUCCCUGUCAUACACACCAUGUUACAACUCAGCCCUGAGGAGAAGAAUAAACUGGCUGCUAUCGCAAUGGGUGAGGAGGAGGUGGGAGGAGCUAGAGGCUCAGGAUGGACCUCCUACCUACACAGUUGGUCAGGCAUCAGAUGAACACACACACACAUCAACCAAUGUCCUCUUUCUACCUGCCUUCACUUUCAUCUGGUCCAUAUGUCUGAUCAACUGAGUAAUUCAAAAUUCUUAAUAUAUUGAUGAUCAUCCAUCUACUUGAAAAAAAGCCAGUAGUCAGCAAUGCCAGUACUCUUUUUUUUUUUAUUCUUUUUUUUUUUAGCUAAUGGUACAUUACUGAACCAUUUAUGGUGGGUUAAUUCACCAAUACCUCAGUCAUUACUGGGAUUAUUUUUAUGAGAUAGAUUUUGUUGCUUGUAACAAUCAAUUCCAAGCAACACUUAUGUUUUACAAUAAUUCAUGAAGUGAACUAUGACUGUUGUUACAGAUUUGACCAUCAGUUUUCAUUGCUCACUCAUCAUAGGUCUGAUACAGGGCAGCAGGUAGCCUAGCAGUUAAAAGGCGCUGUAUGGUCAAUCCGACAUCUACAUUUGCCUUGCAGCAUUUAUGGUGAUAUGGCCUCUGCAGAAGUCAGGUAUUCAUACUCCUUGCGCUUCGCAGAACUGUUGUGAAGGAAAUUGUCAAUGAAGUGAGUUUGUGUUUAUACAGGACCUACCGUCAACCAAUUAUGUCAAUGCGGAGCUAUACUGAGCCCUCCACAUUGUUAAUACAUUUGGAAGGCGCACGGAAAUGUGGUACGGAGCUCAGUUUGGCCUUUUCAUGCCUCCGGAGGCUCCGCAAUUGCGUCACACCCUACAUACGGAGCCUUUGGAUCAACCACAAAUUUGCUUUCAGAGUGUUGUGCCAGUAACCAAAAGGUUGGUGGUUCGAAUCCCCGAGCCGACUAGGUGAAAAAUAUGUUGAUGUGCCCUUGAGCCAGGCACUUAACCCUAAUGUCUCCUGUAAGUCGCUCUGGAUAUGAGUGUCUGCUAAAUGAUAAAAACAUAUGUGAUGAAUUGACAAUAUUCACAUGUUCAAAUUCACACCUAUUUAAUUUAUUUUGAUGUAUCAAUAUUACAUACCAAAGGAUGCUCUGGUAAUAUAUAGGUACAUAAUCUGUAAUUGGGAACAACUUAAUAUUGAGUUGCACCAUUUUUUGCCCUUAACAGCCUCAAUUCAUAGGGGCAUGGACUCUACAAGAGAUGCUGGUCCAUUUUGACUCCAAUGCUAAACACAG